GUUCGGUGACAAGCCAAGAUGGCUGCGCCCAUGUACUCCGGGCGGCGGUAGAUGACCUUUCUUUUUUCAUUUUUCUCCCUCGAUCACUGUGGAAGCAGACUAGGGACGAAGACCAUGCUGGGCCGGAGCCUCCGAGAAGUUUCUGCAGCACUAAAGCAAGGCCAAAUUACUCCAACUGAACUUUGUCAAAAAUGUCUCUCUCUUAUAAAGAAGACCAAGUUUUUAAAUGCUUACAUUACUGUAUCAGAAGAAGUGGCCUUAAAGCAAGCAGAAGAAUCAGAGAGAAGAUAUAAGAAAGGUCAUUCACUUGGGAAUUUAGAUGGAAUUCCUGUUGCAAUAAAAGACAACUUUAGCACAUCUGGCAUUAAGACAACAUGUGCAUCAAACAUGCUGAAAGAUUAUAUACCACCUUAUAAUGCUACCGUUGUCCAAAAACUGUUAGAUCAGGGAGCUAUAUUAAUGGGAAAAACAAAUUUAGAUGAGUUUGCCAUGGGAUCUGGAAGCACGGACGGUGCGUUUGGACCAGUUAAAAAUCCCUGGAGUUACUCAAAACAGCACAAAGCAAAGAGGAAGGAGAAGCCCCACGCUGAGAGCGAAGAUCCAGAUUGGCUCAUAGCCGGGGGAAGUUCGGGAGGGAGCGCAGCCGCUGUGUCAGCAUUCACGUGCUUUGCGGCUUUAGGGUCAGAUACAGGAGGGUCAACCAGAAACCCAGCUGCCCACUGUGGAGUCGUUGGCUUUAAACCAAGCUAUGGUUUAGUUUCUCGUCAUGGUCUCAUUCCCCUGGUGAAUUCAAUGGAUGUGCCAGGAAUCUUAACCAGAUGUGUGGAUGAUGCAGCAAUUGUCUUGGGUGUACUGGCUGGACACGACCCCAAGGACUCUACCACAGUGCAAGAUCCUUUUAAACCCUUUACGCUUCCCACCUUGACAGAUGUGAGCAAACUCCGUGUAGGAAUUCCAAAGGAAUACCUUGUGCCUGAACUAUCAAGGGAAGUACAGUCUCUUUGGUCCAAGGCUGCUGACCUCUUUGAGUCUGAGGGAGCCAAAGUAAUUGAAGUGUCCCUGCCCCACACCAGCUACUCUAUUGUCUGCUACCAUGUACUGUGCACAGCAGAAGUGGCGUCGAAUAUGGCAAGAUUUGAUGGACUAGAGUACGGUCACAGAUGUAACAUUGAUCUGUCUACAGAAGCGAUGUAUGCUGCAACCAGACGAGAAGGGUUCAAUGACGUGGUGAGAGGGAGAAUUCUCUCAGGAAAUUAUUUCUUAUUAAAAGAAAACUAUGAGAAUUAUUUUGUCAAGGCGCAGAAAGUGAGAAGACUCAUUGCUAAUGACUUUGUGAAUGUUUUCAACUCGGGGGUGGAUGUCCUCCUAACCCCCACCACGUUGGGUGAAGCGGUCCCGUACAAGGAGUUCAUCAAAGAAGACAACCGAACGCGAAGUGCCCAGGAUGAUAUCUUCACACAGGCUGCAAAUAUGGCAGGGCUGCCGGCAGUGAGUGUCCCUGUGGCUCUGUCCAACCAGGGGCUGCCUGUGGGACUGCAGCUCAUCGGACCUGCGUUCUCUGACCAGCAGCUUCUUACAGUCGCCAGAUGGUUUGAAAAGCAAAUCCACUUCCCUGUUAUUCAGCUUCAAGAAAUAAUGGAUGAUUUUUCAUCGGUCUCUGAAAAUGAAAAGUUACCUUCUAUCUCUCUAAAGCAGUAACCAUAAAACAUCACACAACUUUAAA